AUGGCCGCGGAACUGCAGAAUCGCUUCGCUUGCGCGCAGGUAGAAAAUAACUACAGCGAGUUCUUCGGCACCUUAUCGUCGGCGCUGCUUCCGUUAUCUGUGUCUGAUGACGUUAAGGAACACGGCGGAGUCUGUGAUAGCUCCUCCCGUGCAGCUUACUGCAUCACGCUAGACGAGCUUGCAGCGUUCGAUCCCGCCACUUACGUGGAUGACCAGCUGCCUACUAUACCGUUCCGGCACAGGCAGUCGGUUCACCGGUACCGAAUUGGCAAUGUGAGCGCCAUAACAAGCGAUGCGCCUGGCAAUGGACGUGGCGUGGGCCACUCGGAUGCGGCCGCAGCAAGGGAGGAGGACCAGGAUGAGAACUAUUUCGGUUAUGCCGCCGACGACAACGUCGUUAAAGAGCGCUACAAGUAUAUCCUGCCGAGGAAUGAGGAAUCGCCCCCCGUGCCUGAACCUGUCAGCGGCGACCAAUGCGGCGCAUGGUCUGGUCGCUUCGAGUGGACGGAUAUCGUACAUCGCAUAAACAAGGAAGUCUUCGGAAAUGCCUCUUUCCGCCCCAAGCAGCUGGAGGUCAUAAACUGCAUACUCAGCGGCCGCGACACCUUCGUGGUUAUACCCACCGGAGGCGGUAAGUCCCUUUGUUUCCAGCUGCCGGUGGUUUAUGAUGGCACCGUGGGGCGAAAUGGAGUCACUGUGGUUGUUAUGCCGCUGGUGUCGCUCGUACAUGACCAAAUGAAGAGGUUGCAUGCGCUCGGAAUUCCAUGCCAUGCGCUGGUCGGUGAGAUGAGCCGCUUGGACAGAGAAAACGUGCUUGGCGACAUGAGAUCGGACAUAGACACUUCGUACAUGCUCUUCGUCACACCGGAGCGCAUCACGAGCUCAAAGGUGCUGUUGAACGCCUUCCGGGAUCUGGAACAACGGGGCAGGCUUUCACGCUUCGUGCUCGACGAGGCGCACUGCGUUAGCGAGUGGGGUAACGAUUUCAGGCCUGAUUACAAGGAAAUGGGGCUGCUGAAACACGAGUUCCCGCACGUGCCUGUAUGCGCCUUCACCGCCACCGCCACCCCGCAGGUUAUCAAUGACGUGUGCGCGGAACUACGGCUCAGGUCGCCCACCAUAUUCAAGUCCAGCUUCAACCGACCCAACCUCCGCUACGAGGUCAUGCCGAAGGACAGGAACACCAACAAGGCCAUUGAGAAACUUGUGGAGGUGAUAAAGGAGCGGUUCGCCGGGAGCUGCGGUAUUAUAUACUGCCUCAGCUGCAACGAGGUUGAAAGGGUGACGCAGGCGGUUUCAAAGCACGUGAGGGCCGCUCCAUACCAUGCGCAGAUGCAGAUGCAUAUGAGGACAGGGUACUACAGGGAGUGGAUAUCGGGGUCCGUCGACGUCAUGGUGGCCACGCUGGCGUUCGGUAUGGGCAUAGACAAGGCGGAUGUGCGGUUCGUCAUCCACUUCUCCAUGCCGAAGUCCAUAGAGAACUACUUCCAGGAGUCAGGGCGUGCUGGCAGGGAUGGCCAGGUGGCGUGCUGCCUCAUCUUCUACCAGUUCCAUGACGCUCAGAGGCUGCUCACGCUGGGUCUGGGGUCGGAUGCGAACAGUAAGAGCGACAAGGAACAAGUUAACAGGAAGAACAUCCUUAGCGUGCUGGCGUAUUGUGAGAGCGGCUUCUUGUGUCGGCGCAAGGUGCUGCUGGAAUAUUUGGGGGAAACGCUCAGGGACGCCUGCGACGUACCGUGUGACACGUGCUCGUCCAACCAGGAGGUGAAGUUCGUAGCGCGAAAUUGCCAAAAGGAGGUCAUAUUCAUAUGCAAUGGGCUCAUAACCCAGGGAAAGCAGUACGAACGGUCGAACGACGCCUACACGCUCGUCAGCCUGCACAAGCUUCUCACGCAGCGCAACGCGGGGGACCACCCGCUCUCGGGAUAUCUGAGGAGAAUGGGGUUCACUAACGACGCGGCGAUGACGCUGCUCAAGCGCAUGAUCAUACACCAGAUCUUGAUAGAGAGGGUGGCGCGCAUCGCGCAGCAGAGCUACACCUCGUUUUACCUGCGGGUGAACCCCCAAUAUCGCACGUACCUCCACCACAUGGGCGCCCUGAGGUUCCCCAUCGAAACAAACAGCAACAAAAGGGCGCCCAAGCAAGCGGCUGCGUCGUCGAACAAGCUGCCAACCAACUUAAAGAAGGCCGCUGCAUCACCGAAAGCGCCGCGAACGCAGAAGGAGAAAGCAGAACGCAAGCCGAGAGAACCUAAGAAAAAGGAGACGGCGGAGAAGAAGCCUCGAGAACCGAAGAAGGCCGGCGCAGCCGUGAGGAAGCCUAGGGAACCGAAGAUGAAGGACGCUGCAGAAAAGAAAACCAGGGUGCGGAAAACCGCGGCGGAAGGGAAGCUGACAGACAAAACGCCAUCUGCACGCGCCAAAGCUGCUACUGAGCCAGAGGCGGAUAUCUUUUAG